AUGUCGCGCGCAAAUCAGUGGUUUGUGCCUGGCGAAGGCAUCGCACGAGAAGUAAUCACGGCCGACAUCCAACGCUACCUCGGCCCAGAUGCGCUCGUCAGGCCUGGCACAGGUACCGGAGAAUACCAGGGCCAGCCCGGCUACUGGAUAACGGCCUAUCGAACCCUCACAUCGCAAAUGAUACAAGACUUGAAAAUGGAUUCCCAACGCUGGCAGCAGGAAAGACAGCCUGGCGAGACGGGCCGCGGAGUGGCUUAUCAGGACUCUCGCACACAUGCUGCUCGCCAGCAUUGGGGUCCGACAAAACCGUACGACCACGGCUCAUCGCAUGCCUCUGCCGAUCCCUACGACCAGCCUCGCCAGUCGACGGCUUCGAGGACUCCUGCCUACGGCUCUGGCAGCUACUCCGGCAGUGACCCGCACUACACGACGACUCCCACAUCCACCUAUGGAAGCUCACAUCCGGGUUACCAACCAUCGCCCGCUGCUUCUGCGCCCAGGACAUCGCCCGCGGACCCUUACUCGGCAUACCCGCAGCCAGGAGGACGUGACUACCCGGCGCAAUCGCCCUACUCGUCAUAUCCAGCCACCACUCCUGAUCCGUACGGCCGCCAGGCGCCUUCCCAGUCCGCCCCGUACACUGCCUCAAGGUAUUUUGGUUACUAUGACGAGCCCUUUUUGGUCUAUCGCUAA